GCGCGCUCUUUUAAAGUCUCCGUUCCAGCGUCCAUGGACCCAGGCCACUUCCGGCGUAGCCAUGGCGGCUAACGCUACCACCAACCCUUCGCAGCUACUGCCACUAGAGUUGGUGGAUAAAUGUAUAGGAUCAAGAAUUCACAUCGUGAUGAAGAGUGAUAAGGAAAUUGUUGGUACACUUCUAGGAUUUGAUGACUUUGUCAAUAUGGUACUGGAAGAUGUCACUGAGUUUGAAAUCACACCAGAAGGAAGAAGGAUUACCAAAUUAGAUCAGAUUUUGCUUAAUGGAAAUAAUAUAACAAUGCUGGUUCCUGGAGGAGAAGGACCUGAAGUAUGAGUGGAUUUCCUUGACCUACACUAGAUUCUGUUCUGUCUUCUAAUAGCAAGGAAAUGGAACUUUUUUUUAACCUUUUAAUUCUAUAAAGCUAAGUUUCCCGUUAAAGGGAAAUGCUUUGAAAGAUGUAUUGUAUGUCCAUUUUUCUAAGUUAAUCAUGACUACUCUGGAAAAAGAAGAGUUUGUUUUUUGAAGACUAAAAAAUAAACAUGUUUU